GUCGUGUGGUGUCAGACGUCAGUAAAAACUAAAAGUGGUAAAAAGUUGGAGACCAAGAAGACGUACGCUAAAUAUUUUAUAUUCAUAAAAAUAAACAAGUUGUUAUCUGUUUUCGUAUAUGAAGUACCGUAGUAAUCAAAUCGCUAUCAGUUUAUUAUUAUUGAAGUUCACUUCAUAUUAUAUUUACAUAGUUUAAUUUAUUAAAUACCACCGAUAAGAAAUUUAGUUUACUUGCGAGUUCUUCUGCAGCGAAAACGUGUUAGAAGUUCGAGCCAUAUUACUUGCUCUGUGGUUCGAGCCUUCAAGGUAAUUUUACAGCAAAAGCAAUUAGUUACAAAAAUGGAUACAUUGAAAAAGAAUUGGUUCACUGAAGUAUGUGAGAUGUGGCCUGGUGGCACAUUUUCCUUUGAAGUAAAGGAAGUUCUUCAUAAAGAAAAGUCCAAGUAUCAAGAUAUUUUGGUCCUUGAUACAACUAGCUUUGGAAAAGUUCUUGUUUUAGAUGGAAUUAUUCAAUGCACACAGAAGGAUGAAUUUUCAUAUCAGGAAAUGAUAUCAUUUCUGCCUUUGUGUUGCCACAAGAAUCCUGAAAAGGUGCUCAUUGUUGGUGGAGGGGAUGGGGGUGUGGCCAGAGAUGUGGCUAAACACCCAAAAGUUAAGGAAAUUGUGCAGGUAGAAAUUGAUGAGAAAGUAAUAGAAGUGUCCAAGAAAUAUCUGCCAUUCAUGGCAGUAGGAUUCGAAAGCGAAAAGUUAAAAUUACAUGUUGGCGAUGGCUUUGAAUUUAUGAAGAAUCAUAGUCAAGAGUUUGACGUCAUUAUAACAGACAGCAGUGAUCCUGUAGGACCAGCCGUCAGUUUAUUCCAAGAGAAUUACUUUGCGCUCAUGAAAAGUGCUUUAAAACCAAACGGAAUUGUGUGUUCGCAAGCUGGUACUUUUUGGUAUAGCAUGGAUUUAGUCUCGAGCACAUUAAACAUUUGUAAAAACCAAUUUCCUAAAUCAGCUUAUGCGUGGACUUCAGUCCCGACGUAUCCUUCAGGUCAAAUCGGAUUUGUGAUUGGUUCACUCGAUCCCGACGUACAAUUCGACAAGCCCGCCAUUACGUUUUCCCGCCAAGAAGAGUUAUCUAUGAAUCUCCGGUACUAUAAUAGUGACAUACAUAAGGCUGCGUUCGUGCUUCCCACUUUUGUGAAAAAUCAAUUACAUAUCUAAUUAUAUCUCACAUUUCGAAUAUUGUACUUAGAUGUGCAUUUAUAUUUUUAUUCUAAGCAUAAUAUAAUGUGUUAAGUAAAAACUAGAUAAGUGUUAUAUUUUUUGAGGGUUAUACUUGAAUACUCACGAAAGAUCUAAAUCAUGUUAAUGACAUUCCAUUUACAUUCCUGUUUUUAUAUUUAUAUUUAGUGUAAAUUUUAUCGAAUCUUAGCAAUAUAUUGCUGAAAUAUGAGUUUGCUCAAAUACAUAACUGUUACAAAUGUUUUCAUUGUUGUUACAUAUAUUUAUAAAUGUUGUAUCAGGUCCAUUAAAUUUUAUUUUGUAUA